ACUGAUUGAAUUGUUAAGAUAUAUAUUUCUUCCAACAUACGAGACUUACAGGACAACUCUUUACAUCCACAAAAAGAUAAAAAGGGAUUUAUUUCCAUAAUUCCUUUGAAAAAGUUAGUGGUGGAAAAUGCUGCUGCUCUUUUCGGAUGGAAGAAGCAUAUAAUCCCCCCGCUGGCCACCUCUCAUGAUUUCUUAUAAUUAGUAGUGGUGCUAAUGCUGGUGCAGAUAUAUCCCUCCCCCACCUUAAUUUUAUACCAUUUCUUUUGAAAUUGAGUAAUUGAGAGUUUUGAUAAGGAGAAAGGGACAUCAAGGGUAUGUAUAUAACCAAGGUCAAGCAUUUGUUGGGUUACUGUGGAUUUUGAUAAAGGGAAAGGAAGGUAUAAUUUGUGUGCAUCAACAUUACUGGCGCUUUUAAAAUGAAGCACAGAAUAGGAAUCAAGGGUCCUUGAUGGGCUCUUAUCCACUGAAGCAAAGCCGCAAUCACCAAAGCUGGGUCAACCUCCAAGGCCAACUUGAAUGGUACAAAAUCCCUUGCCAAAAUCAAUGCUUCUUUGAAUGCAACACACUCUGAAAGGAAAAGAUCUACCGACACUUUGAAAUGGAGAGAGGCUAUAGAUUGAUCCCAAUCAUCCUGAAGGACCACCCCAACUCAACCGCAUCCCACCCCUCCCAGGUAUUGUCUAAAGGAAGCAUCGAUACCAACCUUAUGAAAACCAGCUGCUGGUGGCCUGCCUCCACCUAGCUCUAGACACUGCCUAAUGAAGAAUCUCUAACAUCCUGCAGUUGAGUGUAGUGAAUAAUGUCAAAAUCUUAAU